GCAGUGUCAGUGUAUGCGCACAGCCCUGGCUAAGUUAGUGUGUUGGGACUCCCUCCUUACCCACGCUACGCUCAGGAUAUCUUGUGCAGAAAGCUUCAAAGUGGAAGCCAGGUCAGACGAUCCGACCGUAAAGGCUGCAACAUGCGCCCGCCACUACGUGCUGCGUUUCAGCCCCUCAGCGCACCUGACACGUCGCCUGGCUCACUUUUAACACGCGCAAUUGUCUCGUUCCCUCUGUUUCGCACUCCACAUAAGGCUGGCAGCCAGGCUGAUCAUUGGGGACAAAACGAUGGCUGGCCGAUAACUGAGCCCGUCCCCGCGCACGGAGCAAUGGACUUCAGUUUUACUUGAAGAAGCAAAUGGAGAAUCCAGCAAAGUAUCUCUCGUCAGUGCAGGGUAUUGACUCUGCGCGGGCACCCCUCGGAGAGAUUAUGUGGAACAGUACUGAAACUGAGGCAAAAAGCGACGGGAGAAGGGAUAUGGUGGCACGCACAGUGACGGGCUGUCUGCUUUCUCUGCUUAUCCUAUGGACCCUGCUGGGGAACAUCUUGGUGUGUUCCGCGGUGCUGCGCUUUCGGCACCUACGGACCAAAGUCACCAACAUUUUCAUCGUGUCCCUAGCGCUGUCGGAUUUAUUCGUAGCCGUCCUGGUUAUGCCCUGGAAAGCUGUGGCAGAAGUAGCUGGCUAUUGGCCGUUUGGCACUUUCUGUAAUGUGUGGGUUGCUUUUGAUAUUAUGUGCUCCACCGCUUCCAUCCUUAACCUCUGCAUUAUCAGCGUGGAUAGAUACUGGGCCAUCUCCAGUCCCUUCCGCUACGAGAGGAAAAUGACCCAGCGAGUUGCCUUUGUUAUGAUUAGCAUCACUUGGACGUUGUCUGUGCUCAUUUCAUUCAUACCGGUCCAGCUAAACUGGCACAAAGCCAGCGGUGACGACAUGGUUGGGGCGCACAACUCUUCCAUAAGUAGGCAGGUAGAGGAAAACUGCGACUCCAGUCUGAGCAGAGAGUAUGCGAUAUCCUCCUCCUUGAUAAGUUUUUAUAUCCCAGUGGCAAUUAUGAUUGUAACAUAUACCAGGAUAUAUCGGAUUGCGCAAAUACAAAUUAGAAGAAUAGCCUCUCUGGAGAGAGCGGCAGAACAUGCGCAAAGUUGCAGGACCAACAGAAUAGAGUGCCAACACCACAACACACUGAAAACGUCGAUUAAACGUGAAACCAAAGUGUUCAAAACUCUGUCGGUGAUCAUGGGUGUCUUUGUGUGUUGCUGGCUACCUUUCUUCGUUUUAAACUGCAUGGUCCCGUUCUGCGACAGGCCGGCGGCAGACCGGGAUGCGGGUCUUCCGUGCGUAAGCGAGACGACCUUUGACGUCUUCGUGUGGUUCGGCUGGACCAACUCCUCCCUGAAUCCCAUCAUAUACGCCUUCAACGCUGAGUUCAGGAAGGCCUUCGCCAGCCUCUUGGGCUGCCGCUAUUUCUGCUCCAACACACCAGUGGAAACUGUUAACAUCAGCAACGAGCUGGUGUCGUAUAACCAAGAUACCCUCAUCCACAAAGAAAUCGCGAACGCUUAUGUGAAUAUGAUCCCCAAUGUCGUUGAAUGUAUCGAGCAUGAGGAGACUUUCGACAGGAUUUCACAAUUUUCUCACAACCACGAAAACGCCACCGACUCGGUUUGUGACCUGGAGGACUGCGAGGCAGACAUCAGCCUUGACAGGAUGUCACCAUUCACACCCAAUGGAUUACACUGACUCCACACCUUGUCUCUCCCCGUGCGUAACUGGAUGUAUUGAUAAUAAUUUCAUUGUUCACUCAGCUCUUUGCCUCUUCACAGGAGGUUUCUGUGCAGCAGCCCUUGCUUCUGGGUUCAGGGCUGUCUUGGAACCCUCUAACGGACACUUAAGCAGGGGCAUGUCUCUGCAGCCACAAGGCCAACCUGACAUGAAAUGUGAUGUUGUCUUGUUGUCUGAAACAAAUUUGAUGUGUAGGUGUUUAUUUAAAUGACAAGUGAAGUCUGUGUUCCUUUGUUCAAGGUUUAGUGUUGCUAAAGCUGUUGUUUACUCAGAGGCUUUAAUGGCAUCAUCGUCUAAUGUCCAUCAUGACUGAGGGAAAGUGUUUGUAAAAACAAGACUCUUUGCUGCUUAAUAACUUCAUGUGUAUCCAGUGUUCGCCUUUCCACUGAGUAUGAAAACUGGGGGAAAGCCUUACAGACAGUGAAACCAAGACAGUCAAAUGCAGUUAUUUCAGAGCCUUAUAGCUUAUUCAAAUAACAGCUUUGAGACAUAAAAGGAAUGUGUCCUGUAGAAUUCAAGUUACACAAUGCCAAAAUGCAGUAUUAAAGCGUUUUGCCACUGCACCACCCCAGUGACUCUUCCAACAUGCCUGGAUGAUAAAAAUCACAUAAUCUAAUGCUAUAAAUACAAAAAAGGGGAAUCUGUGUGCAUUACUACUUUUUGUGAUCAUUUAUUUCUCAUUGAGGCCAAAACUACUGUAAUGCUUCUGCUUUAUGAGCCCGAUUCAACUCUGACUGAAAUAACUAAAAGGAGAAAGAUUGACCAAAGACUUCAAGGAGAGCAUUGAUAGACACAACAAGGGUGCAGUGUCAUGUCAGCUAGAGGAAAUGUUACUAUAGAAGCCUAAAUACAUGUGUGGCCAUUGGCCCAACACAACUGGAUGUCAUGCAUCACCUCUCCCACAUUUCUCUCUUAUCUUUGUACUGUACAGAUGACCUGAUCUGAAUGUAUACUACUGUCCUUUAA